AUGUCUUUUUCAAAGAAACACACACCAAAAUCUUCGCAGGGGAGCAUUUCAAGCGAAGGUGAUAUAUUUUUCGAAGCCAUAACAGAAGUUAUUAAUGAAGUUGAAGAAUUAACUUUCAACAACGAUAACAAUGACGGUGGUGAUUCAACGUUUUCAACAGCUCAAAAGACGUCAUCGGUCUAUAUGACACCACAAAGUUCAACGAGUAAUUUAUUGAUUAAUGCAAUGAAACAGACUGUAAUUUAUCAAAAUACUGAUAUUGAGAAGGUAGGAUCAUCGUCAUCACAGAAAAAAUAUAAUCAUACCGUUGAACCUUCUUCAGGAUCAAAUACAUAUGUGGCUGAUUCUUAUGAUCAUAUUGAAUUAGAAAGUAAUACAAAUCAUUCGAAUCACGUAAAGAAAGAUGAUGAUGAAUGUCGAGAUGAAUACGAAAAUAAGUUUUCAAGAAAAGAUAUUACGCAGUUCAAAUCCUCCGAUAGUAGCAAUAAAAAAAAAUUCACAAAUGAUGAAUCAUCGGUGAACAUUGAUCUCAAUACCGAAAAAAGGGCCAUAAAUAACAAUGUAAAAAAUGAUUUUAAUAAAUCAUACCAUAAUGGAGAUCAUUCUUCUAAAGAGAUUAUUAUUGUAGAAGAUGAUGAUAAUAUGAUAAAAAAUUCAAAAAGAAAUUCGAAAUUAUCAUUUAUAAUAACAAGGGAUGAUAGUGAUAUUCUUACUUCAAAGAGUGAAAGUAUAACAGAAAUGGAUAAUGUGGAUUCUUUAAUAUCACAAAAGAAUAUAUCGAUAACAAAGGAGAUCAUUACAGAAUUUUCUUCAAUUGCUUCUUUUAAAGAAGAUUUUAGAGAAUCUAUUAAGAUAGAAAGGAAAAGUAAAAUUAUACAACUUAAAAAAAAAGAUAAGAUUCUUUGGUUAAUUGGAAGUUGUUUAAUUUUUUUCAUCAUUAUACUUGAUAUUAAUUUGGUUGCAAAUCAAUUACCUAAAAUUAUACAAGAAUUUAAAGCAGGUGAAAAUAUCUUAUGGAUAAUAACUAGUUAUAAUUUAGCAAAUGUAAGUUGA